UCUGCAGGCCCCCUUCAUGGCGCGGCGGCCCCCCUUACGGUGAUGGUGGUGGGCGGCCGGCCCUCCCCGGCACCCACCCCAGUGCUGGGACCUCCGCCCAUUCGCGCCUACUGCAUGGGGGGCACCUGGCACCACUACCACCACCACCAGCAGCACGCCAGCUCCACCCCCGCCACGCCUAUGGCCGCCCAUACGCCCACACUGCCGCAUGGGCCCUCGCCCUUGGUGAGGUCAGGGUCAGUGCCGGGCGAGGCGGCGGGGGUGACGGGGGAGGCCGACGAUCAGCUCCCGCCCCUUCGGCCCCCCCGUGCCCCUGACGCAGAGUCGCUAGUGACGGGCGUGGGCGGCCGCGGCAUGUCUCGCUCAGUAUCCGACUCCACGCUACGACAGGCGGCCUCCCGUGCGGCGCUACACCUCCCCCUACCCGUCACCUCCUUAAUGCACUUCAAGAAGGAGUUGAGUCUUGUCCGGCGAGGCAACCGUGUCCCUGGCCAGAGGAAAAGUUUCAUAGCCACCACGUCCCCUACACUGCCGCGAUGCCAUUCCCCUCUUAGUCAGAGUAGUCCCAUGGAAUCCCCACGCAACAUGUCUCCACUUCAACACUUUGCAUUUGCUCCAGUGAAGAGCAGGGAUGGUCGCCGGUGGUCUGUGGCGUCCCUCCCUUCCUCCGGCUAUGGCACCACUCCUGGAUCAUCUAAUGUUUCCUCACAGUGUUCAAGCCAAGAGAGACUUCACCAGAUAGGGGGAGGACAAGCCGGAGCCAGCGGUGGUAGUGGAUCGGUCGGUGCUGGAACCCCAUCAAAUGUAGGUUCUCCAGCCAUAGAUGAAGUCCGUCAUGCCCACCGCCAUUUUUCCUCGGGGGAGAGUAACCCUUCUCUGGAUGAAGAUGGCCGCCGUUCGCCAAUGAAUCGACCACGAUCACGCUCUCUGAGUCUGGCCUGGCUCUGCAUCUCCACACUUGAUAGUCCAAUUCGAUCACCAGUCGUUGACAACGAGAUUAUCAUGAUGAAUACUCUGUACAAAGAACGUUUUCCAAAGGCCACACAGCAGAUGGAGGAGAGGUUGAACACAUUCAUAGAGGACAACAGAACUCUGGAAGUACAAGGGAGCUCAGAUAUCGCCCAAGACGGUGUGGCCAUUGCUCGCUUUGUCCACCACCAGGUCAUAGAAAUGGCUAAGGAUUGCCUCCAAAAGUCACAGGAAAAGUUGAUAACAAGCAGAUACUUUUAUGAGCUCUCUGAAAACCUUGAAAAACUACUCUGUGAGACACGUGAAAAAUCCCCGGAUGCUGCAGCACAUCUCACGUCCCUGAUCAAGAAGCUGUUGCUCAUUGUAUCUCGACCAGCCAGACUGUUAGAAUGCUUAGAGUUUGAUCCAGAGGAAUUCUACCAUUUACUGGAACAAGCUGAGGGUCAGGCCAGAAUCAGCCAAGGCAUCAAGACUGACAUUCCUCAGUAUAUCAUUACUAAACUGGGUCUUAACAGAGAUCCCCUGGCUGAGCUGAGUGAUGACUUAGCUGGGGAUGGUGACGCAGAGGACAGCACAGGCAGUGGCACAAGUGCAGCUAGUGGUGCAACCAACAGAAAAACUUCCAAUUCAGAGUACUCCCCUGGACAGUCUUCCACUCACUCCAGCCCACCCUCUAGAAGCUCCCCAAAAGAAGAGGAUUAUGAAAAUGUCAAACUUAUAUCAAAUGGAGCUUAUGGCGCCGUUUACCUCGUCCGACACAAAAUGAGUAAAGAGCGGUUUGCCAUGAAGAAGAUCAGUAAACACAACCUCAUGUUGAGGAACCAGGUGGAGCAAGUGUUUAACGAGCGUGACAUAAUGAGCUUCACAGAUAACCCCUUCGUAGUGUCAAUGAUCUGCAGUUUUGAAACCAAAAGACAUUUGUGUUUAGUGAUGGAGUACGUAGAGGGUGGAGACUGUGCCACCCUGCUCAAGAACAUGGGUCCUCUCCCACCAGACAUGGCCAGGUUCUACUUUGCUGAAACCGUAUUAGCUGUUGAAUAUUUACAUAGCUACGGUAUUGUGCAUCGCGACCUAAAACCAGACAACUUGCUGAUCACUGCUCUGGGGCACAUAAAGCUGACAGAUUUUGGCCUGAGUAAGAUGGGCUUGAUGUCACUGGCCACAAACCUCUACGAAGGCUACAUUGAUAAGGAAACCCGACAGUUCUCCGACAAGCAAGUUUAUGGGACGCCUGAAUACAUUGCACCUGAAGUUAUAUUGAGACAAGGAUAUGGCAAGCCUGUGGACUGGUGGGCAAUGGGAGUUAUUCUCUAUGAAUUUCUCAUUGGGUGCGUCCCCUUUUUUGGAGAGACACCGGAAGAGCUGUUUGCACACACCGUCAACGAUGACAUCGAGUGGCCAAGUGAAGAGGAUUGGCCAGUCAUGGAUGACACCAAGGACCUGAUUACGGCACUGCUUCACCACUCACCUCUGGACCGCCUCGGGACAGUGGGAGGAGCCCUGGAAGUCAAGGAGCAUCCAUUCUUUAUCUUCGUUGACUGGGACUCACUGUUAAGGAUGAAGGCAGAAUUUGUACCACAGUUGGAUCACGAGGAAGACACCAGCUACUUUGACACUCGUUUGGAUCGGUAUAACCAUGAACUAGAAGAGGAUAGUGAGGAGGGAGGGGAAGGAGGGGCAUUCCCAUCUUUCUCCUCUUAUUCUCCCAGGUAUCACAAGUUCACUUCAUCCCACUCUGCCGAUGCUCCCCAGCUUGACUCCAGCUUUCAGGUGAGGAAGCAGAAUGAGACAUCAACUGAAGGUGGGGCGGAGGGGGCGGAUGUUGGACGAGGCAUUGUGUCCCGUGGAGACUCUGGUCACAGUGACCAAUCUGAGUCGUCACGCUCAACCCUCGAGUCGUCCACCAAUACUCCUGAUACUGAGAGCCAAGAUCUGCCUGUUACACCUGAUGUGAAUGCUGGUAAAUUAGAAGGAGUGCCUGUGUGCCAGAGUACACCAGAAUCAUCGCAGACCGAAAGUGAGGAUGUGUCUCCCCAGGUACAGAGGAGAAGACGUCUCCACUCUCACUCUAGAGAUUCUCUGCCAAGAUUCUCUAUAUCAGGGGAAGAAGACUGGUUAAGUUUGCUUUUCCCCAGCAUGGAAAGCGGGAGCCUGCGCGAGCUCUCUCCAGUUGAUGAGCGGCCGGGAGCGUCUGAACGAUUGUCUACACCUCGAGUCAAUAUCCCACCUUCAUCACCGGCCUUCAAGCACAGAACUCGUCAAGUGAUCAAAAGUGCUUCAGCGUCUGGGUUAUCCUUGAUGAUCCCUUCAGAAGAUAGCGUGCCUCAGCCCAUACAGUCUCCAGGAGGGUCCAGCACUGCUUCAUCUCGUGAUGCCUCACCUUCCAGGGAAAUUUCCCCUCUUGUCAACUCCCUAAAACCUCCUACAAUCAUCCGCCGAGGUCCACAGGGCUUUGGUUUUACUAUCCGAGCCAUUAGGGUUUACUUUGGGGAUUCUGACUAUUAUACUGUACAUCACUUGGUGAUGGAUGUUGACCAACGUAGUCCAGCAUUUGAAGCUGGUCUGCGCCCUGGGGACUUAAUUACUCACAUUAAUGGAGAACCCAUUCAAGGCAUGUUCCAUACCCAAGUUGUCACUCUACUAAUGAGUUCUACCGACCACGUCUCUCUCAGGUCCAUGCCACUUGACCAGACCUCUAUCAGAGCAGGUGGACGGAAAAGAAAUCCCGGAGCAUCAAAACUGGCCAAGCGUUUGCCUGCCAAACACAGGAGGACAAAGAAAGACUCGGACAAAAGACGGAAAAAUUCUCUCUUCCGGAAAGUCUCCAACAAGCGCGUUUCUGCUGAAAUUCAACAGCUGACUACCCCUCAGUCGGCUCCUGUUUUAUCUCCUGAUUUUGUGCCUCAGUUCUCAACUACUUUGCUUGCUGCUUCGGCAUCGCCACCAAUGUUGACGCCAAGUCGAAGCUUUCAGUCCUUGAAUCGCUCAGUUUCCUCUCAGGACAGCAUCCCCAGUUCCCCUACUCGCUGCAAAUCUCCUCACUCGCCCCCAACUUCAAGACUCUUCUCUCCAUCUGUGGAACAAGUUCAGUCUCCCCUUAAUUCUUCUGGAUCAUCGUCACCAACAUCUUCUGUGCCUAACUCCCCAGCAGGGUCAUCAACACUUCAUCAGCGCCCUUCAUCGUUGCAUGUUGUUAACCACAAAGUAACAAACGUAAAAAGUUACCGUUCUCCAAAUAGACGGAAAUCAGUUGGACACAUUCCCCUCUCUCCUCUAGCACGCACUCCUUCCCCUUCCCCUUUACCAGCUUCUCCAACGAGAUCCCCUUCACCAUUGGUUCACCAUCACAACCACAACCACCACCAUCACCACCAUCACUAUCAUCAUCAUUGUCCUGGUUCCUCCAAUACCACUCAGACUUACUCCCCUGGAUCAUCUCUCACUCCUGGACCAGCUACCAAAAAAUGUUUAGGGAGGCCCAAAAGUGCAGAACCUGGUUCUCCAUUACUUCGUCGAGCACUGUCACCUGAUCGUCUCCACCCAAGAUCAGCGGAAGCAAAGGGCACUGCAACCAUCAGUCCUUUGGCUACACCUUCUCCAAAGUUGGCGAACAAUCCACCAAGACUCACAAUAACAUCACAGUCGGCUCCAAAUUAUGAAACGCCAAGUGUUGUUCGAUCAGUUGCUCCCACAUUGCUUACCCAGCGCUUUAGCAGUGCAGUCAGCCUUCCGCCCACACUUCCAUCAGGCACUUUGGAAGAGGCGCCAGAGGAAUUGGAUUCACCAGAAAGACAAGAGGCGGCGCGAGCAAAUUUUUGUGAGGGCCCCCAGGGAGGCAGAGGAUCACUGCCAGGGACUAACAAUGCUUGCUGUGGGGGCGUCGGAGUUUCAGGAUCAUCAUGCUGCAAAGAAAAAUCUCAACAAGGCAUUCCUAUACCAAGUGGUCAAGGGAGUUGCCAAAUGGUUGAGAGGAGAGGCAGUAAGGAUCAUGCAGAGGGGCGAGAAAAAGCUCGUAGCGACAGCCGUGGUCGUAGAGACUCGAGGGAUUUGCGCAGAGAAGACAGUAAGCGAGAAUCUCGUCGUACUGCACAAGAAAAACGGGAACUGUUCAAGGCAGGCAAGGAGAAAGAGGGUACCUCCUAGGGUUGGCCCACCGCUGGCCUGCCUGCAGUCCCAAGUGGCACUGAUUUGUGCCUUCAACACUUGUGUGUAUUUUGGGCAGGACCGCGGCAUGUCUACUCCAACAAGAAGUAAGGAGACACUUGCAGCCUGUGAUGAAAUCUUCCUCUCUUUCUGGACAAGUCUUAAAAUGUUAAGGAAAGUAGCUCAGCUACUGAAAUCAUUCCUGGUGAUUGUUUGUAUGUGUAAAGUUGUGUGGAGUUGUUGUGAUGCCACAAGGCCUGGUUGUGUUGCUACCAUUGUGAUAUUACAGAGACCAUGACAGUCUCAAGCUUGUGUGUCUAAUGAAGUCACCUAUACUUAGACACUUGCAUUCUUUGGUCCCUGUCAUUUUGUAAAUACUUUAUUGUACUAUGUUUCCUUUAUCUCAAAGAUUUUUACGUUUUUACUCACAAAUUUAGAGUUGAAUGUGUUACAAUUGCAAAAUAUGAAUAUUAAUGUACUCAUAUUCAUUUGUCAUGUUCAUGGAAUUUUUCCAUUGUUGUGUAUAUUUUUGUCCCUCAUUGUCAUGUUGCUGUACAACCUCACAGUUGCCAUGUUGGAGUUGUCAGGUGGAAAUUUGGUAAUAGAAAACAUUUACUAUUUCCAGUCUGCUUCCCUCAGGUUAUAGGAAUAAUUCAAGAGAAAAGGUUGAAGGCUGUGGUUUUGGUGAAGCUCUCGGUGACAUUGUGUUCUGCUUGUGUUUCCUCGCUGUUUAAAGAUGAUGUCUUUAUGUGUACUUAAUACUGAAGUUUUUUUUCUGCUACAUCCUUGGGGUGCCUCACCAUGUGCGUGUGCAAUGCAUUUACAUGGACUCGUUGGUAGGAAACUAUUGGGCCCUUAGUUAAUAUUGUUAGGCACCAUUGGCACAUUAUAUGUAUAGCAUUAGUUGCUUGAAGUUCUUUAGCAUUAAUUCAAAGUUCAGAGAAUUGGAGGAUUAGAACAAAGUUUUUUUGUGGGUGAACAUUUGCCAAGGCCAGCCACUCUUCUAUGUGGGUUAUGACAAGUUGUUUUAAUGUCAAAGUCACCAGACUUUCCUGUAGGUCAUGUACAAGUUGUAUGUUGUUUUCGUGAACACUGAUGCUUCCUUUAUGCAUUUGUCAUAAAAGACCUCGUUGAUGGUCGGGUAAUGUUUGAAGCUUUUAUCUAGCAGUAGCAUGUCAUUUCGUGACACCAGUCUCCCAUUAGAUAGCAGUGAGGACAAAUUUGUAUAUUGUGUAGAAACCAUUUGUAAAGAAGAAUUCUUAUUUUCCAUGUAUAGUGUUUGUAGUUUAUAAAUUAUUGAUAUUUAAUAAUUUCCAAGACGUGGUUAGUCAGUGCAGUACCCCUGCUAUUGUUAUUCACCAGAGCAGUUAAUGGGACCAGUGGCCACAUGUCUCACUGAUGCUGUGGGGCUACAAGAGGUCUUCCCUGUAAAUCCCAGUAAAUGGUGAUAGACCCUAAACAAAAUUAAGAAAAAAAAUGACAAUAGAAAUAUAAGGUACUUUAUUUAAAACAUUGGAAAUUUACUAGCUUGUAUUAUGUUGUGUUGUUUGCCACUGGUCAGGAAAGAGGCAUUGCUGGGGACAGUCACUGUGAUUUGUCUUAGUGUUAGCAGGAGGUGCAUGGUGGGAGAUCCUUACUUUGCUGUUUUAUACAUUUCCUGUUCUAAUCUGUGUUUGAUAAGUAAAAAUAAGUGGUGUUUUUUCUCUUAAUGUUAUUGAACAAGUCAUAUUAAAUGUCUGAGUUUAUUGAACUUAAAGAAGAUUAAAGAUAUUGUUAAUUCUUCUUUUUUCAAUCUUGUAGAAAUUGUGCAUAACUAUAGUUAAUAUCUUUCUCCCCAUCUCUUUGUUAAACUGAACUAGCAGGUUGGUUGGCUAUAUAAUCCUUGUGAACAAGGCAAAAACAAAACAAAAAAACUUUUCAGUAAUAUUUUAUCCAUUUUGUCAUAACAUUCCAAGUGUUGGCACUGCAUGCAUAAUCCCAUAAGAAAUUUUGUGGUUAACAUUCUGAGUAAUUGAAAUUAAGGGGACCUCCGUUGAGAGACUAAAAAAUUUUAUCCAUCUUGUGAAAAAUGUUCUUAUCCCAUAAUAUGUUUUACAUAUUUCUCAUGUGAAAAGACUUGCCAUUCCUGAUAUUCCACUUCAAGAAUAUAACAUGAAAUUAAAUUAAUUCAUGAAACUAUUGAUUUAUUACGUUUUAUAAGUGAAACACUGUACUGUGUAUUUUCAAAAUACAACUUGAGGAAUGUUAUGAUAUAUGGUGUAAUUGUUGCCAAAACUCCUGCAUCACGUCCCUGGCAGACGAGGACUGACUAGAGUGCCACUUUCAUAUCCAACAUGGUUGCUACGUCGUCACACAUCCCAUGUUUUCUAGAUAUUAAUAACUUAGAGAAAAUAAACUGUCUUAGGUU